AGUGGUUGGAGCCUCAAAGUUGAUUUCAUAAUCUAUCAUGUAUUUUAUGUUGAUUUUUAGUAAAAUAAUAAGUCCAAAUGUAUGGAGCUUGUAAUUCAAGAAUCAAGAAUAUACAAUAUGCGUGACUUGGACUCUGAAAUCCUUAGUCUUAUUGUAUCAAAACGACUCUUCCACCGUUUCAUUAGAUAUUAAAUUUGUUUUCUUAACUCGAAAAAAAAAAUCUUAGAAUAGUUCCUAAGUGGAAUAGGUUCAAAAAAAUAUAAAUAGAGAUAAGGAUAUCAACUAUUAUACACAUCAAUACUUGCAUGCAUGACACUAAACACGAGGAUCAAUAUCUCCCUAGGACAAAACACAUGACCAUGAGCAAAGUAAUAACGGAUUGCUUGUCCACGUUCCAUAUAUUAAUUAGAUGGUGAUGAAAUCCUUACAUUGAUAUCAAUCUUAGUAUCUCCUUUCUUGCUUCAUAGAUUAUUCAAAUUUUGAUCAAUUUUAAUAUUUAAAUUUUGUUCAAACAAGUGAAGAUUUUGGCGAAGAUUACACAAUUUCAUACCCUCAUAUGAAUCAUGUUUCUUUUAUAAAAUCAACAAAGCAACAUAAUGUAUACCAAUUAAAUUCAAGUGAUUUCAUUGAUUAUCUUCAUCAAUAGAGAUUAUCUAUAUAUUUUAUAAAAAAAAGUGAUGGGGCAUGAAAACCCUACACCACUAUUUAAUUUUGGAUUGACCUAAUUCUUUUGAAAUUAAUUUUCUUUUCAUCAUUAAUAUAUACUUAUAUAUUUGUAUUUAAAGAAUGUGAAUAGGGAGAAAAAGAAUGAAGAAUUGACUAAUGAUGGGGGAGCCGCCUUGGUUGGAGAGGCAUGACAAGCAUGAAAAUUAACAUUAAUCAAAGAAAGAUAGACCAAGUGUUAGAUGAGGGGAGCAGAAAUAUGUAAUUUGUGGGUUCCCUUUUUUAUCAGUGACAUGCUCGGAUUAGUUACAUGCGUCUCUCUUUCUUUGGCUUUCUCUCUCCUCCUCACUCUUUUUUUUUUUUUUUUAAAGAAAAUUAGCCCGAAGACCAACUUAUAUUAGGCUACUAGCCUCACAAACCCGUUCAGAAGCCGGGUACAAAACUAAACAACCCGAAAGUUUGGAUCCUUUUCGAGAACUCAUGGUAAGAUGAGUUUUCUCUUGGCUGCCUCGCAUAAUGCCCACUCAUCCAGAGGUCCAACAAGUCCAAACCUCCAACAUUUUUGAAUUUUUGCUUUGACCAAAAUUUAAACGUUGGUCUUCUUCAAGGAAGAUAGGAAGCCGUACCAAUAAACUCAAAAUUUCUUGGUAAUAGCCAAAAAUAAAUACCCAAUAUAUUAUUAGAAUAAAGAUUUAAAUUCUAAGCUAUCCUCUAAAAGUGGGAGUGUUACCCAUUGAGCUCUUACUUCUCAGUUCUCCUCACUCCUUUAUUACUUCCCAUUUUAUUUCUCUUCAUAUAUAGUUAGUAGUAUUUCUAUUUGAGCUUGCUGUUUUAGUCCCUCCAAAACUCUUCGCAAAACUCAAAAGCCAAACACCCCCUUAACUUUCUCUCUCCUCUAUUUUGCCCACACAAACUCUACUCUUCACCCACCUCAAAAAAAUAAAACAUACUCACUUAGUUAUAUCAUAUACACUCUCUCAGUAAAAUUUAUAUUGAAUAAAAUAAACAGAGAGAAAAAAAAGGGGUGAAAAACAGAGUACUAAAAACAGAGGAAUUUUUUAAAUCCAAUUCUUCAUCGUUUUUCCUUCAAAUUCCUCUCUUUUCAAAUUAUUUGCUUGUUUUUUGAGGUGGGGUUUUUAAAAUUGAUCUUUUUAAUGGAUUGUUGGACGCCAUCUCUUAAAGUAGACGAAGAAUUUCAGAAAUUGGUAUUGCGUAUGAACCCUCCAAGGGUUACGGUUGAUAAUUCAUCAAGUAGAAAUACCACUUUGAUUAAGGUAGAUAGUGCAAAUAAACGGGGUAGUUUGUUGGAGGUAGUUCAAGUUCUAAAUGACAUGAACCUAAUCAUCAGAAGGGCUUAUAUUUCUUCAGAUGGAGAGUGGUUUAUGGAUGUAUUUCAUGUCACGGAUCAACAUGGGAAUAAGCUAUGUGAAGAUGAUGUAGCAGAACGAAUUCAACAGUCACUAGGACCGAGAGCACGUAGCUUUCGAUCCAGGAGAUCAGUAGGAGUGCAGGCUGCUGUGGAGCACACAACUAUAGAACUGACAGGAAGGGAUAGGCCAGGCCUGCUCUCGGAGAUCUUUGCGGUCCUGACAGACCAUAAAUGCAAUGUGGUUGCAGCCGAAGUCUGGACGCACAGUUCGAGAAUGGCUUCAGUGGUUUAUAUCACUGAUGAAGCAACAGGGUCAGCCAUUUAUGAUCCUGAUCGUCUGACCAGGAUUGAAAACCUUUUGCUAGCAGUGCUCAUGGAAGAUCGGGAUAAAAGGAGCGCUAAUACCGCGGUCUCAGUUGGGGGAACUCAUACUGAGAGGAGGCUACAUCAGAUGAUGUAUGCUGAUCGAGAUUAUGAUAUGAUGAACAUGAAUGGUGUAAUUCCUGGUUGUAGCCAACCUAGAAAACCUCUUGUAACAGUGGACAACUGCUCAGAGAGAGGGUACACUGUUGUGAACUUGCGUUGUGCAGAUAGACCCAAGCUUCUUUUUGACACAGUUUGCACUUUGACGGAUAUGCAGUAUGUGGUUUACCAUGCUACACUCAUAGCAGAAGGCCCAGAAGCUUAUCAGGAAUAUUACAUUAGGCACACAGAUGGAUGCCCCAUCAGCUCAGAAGCAGAGAGACAACGACUUAUUCAUUGUCUAGAGGCUGCUAUAAGCAGACGAACUUCUGAGGGUAUAAUGUUGGAACUUUGUAGUGAUGAUAGAGUUGGUCUUCUCUCGGAUGUAACACGGAUAUUCAGAGAAAAUGGUCUGUCAGUCACCCGAGCUGAGGUAACAACUCGGGGGUCUCAAGCCACAAACGUGUUCUAUGUGAUCGAUUCUUCAGGGAAUCCAGUAAAAAGCCAAACAAUUGAAGCAGUUCGAAAAGAGAUUGGUCAGACGAUUCUCCGGGUAAAAGAAGAUGAGUACUCAAAAUCCCCUCCUCAAGAAAGUGGAAGGUUUUCCCUAGGAAAUCUCUUCAAAUCAAGAUCAGAAAAGUUCCUCUACAACUUAGGGCUCAUUAAGUCAUAUUCUUGAGCAUCUUGUUGGUGAAGUAGUAGGCAUUGCCCACUGUAUAUGUUUCUCUAGGCUUUGUUUGGGCACACAAUUCUAUUAGGUUUGACUAAAAAAGUAAGCUUCUUUGUAGAAAAGCUUUUUAACUGAUCUUCUGAUUGAUUAUCUUUGGUUCAGCCACAAAAGCUUUUUUCUCUUCAGUCCACAUCCAACCUUGUAAAGUCUCAUAGCAGUAAAUAUUAUGUAAAUUCUGUCUGCAUCUUUUCCUUUCCUCUAAGGGGAAAGGACACUGUAAAUAAAAUCUAUUCAUGUCACCUCA